GCCAUAAAGUAGGACGGGACGAACUGCUGCGCAGUAAACCCGUCCUUUGGUUGAUAGACGGAUAUCUCGCCUACGCCAUAAAUGACGCAAGUUGGUAAAAGCUAGUCGAGCCUUCUGUAUCCGUGCUGAGAUUUCGUCACACACCAGACCACAAGGGCUGAUGAGACUUCCAAGAUAAGUGAAGCGGUCGAAACGCUCGUCAUCAGUUCGGGUGUCAAUGCAACCCAAUCUUGAAGCAACAUUUUGCAUUUCGAGGGAGAGAAUCGCAUCCCGAACAUGCUUGCAUUGUUGCUUAGAGUGGUCAGAAGACUCUGCAUUUUGUCAGCGUCUUCGCCAAAUAAAACUAUGUCAUCAGCAUAUUCUAAGUCAACAAGUGAACCUCCCGAUAGAAGUUCAACCCCUGGAAAUCUAGACGAGGAAAAUGUUAUCUCUAAAAGUACGUCGACGACAAAGUUGAACAAGAAUAGAGAGAGUGGGUAGCCCUGACGAACAUCACAUGAGGUGAUCAAUUCUGAUGACAGUUCGCCAUAAGCUUUGACUCGGCUAGUUGUGUUCAAGUAGAGAGCCUUUAUAAGGUAAUGUACUUUUUGGUACUCCUUUCAGUGGCAAACACUGCCAUAGAACUUCACGAUCAACCGAGUCAGAUGCCGCCUUAAGGUCUAGAAAUACUGCGAUUUUGAGGCGUCUGAAUGUAUGUCUGUGUUCUAAAACCUGGCUUAGUGUGAAUAUGUGGUCUAUACAACCACGUCCAGGUCGAAAAUCGGCCUGAUUUUCUCCAGUUUGUUCUUCACGAGCUUUAGUUAGGCGUCGAAGUAUUAUUGAAGCUAAUAUUUUAGACACUAUAUUUGUCAAACUGAUUCCUCUGUGAUUGUCACAAGAGGACAUAUACGCACUCAGGAUAUAUACAAAGCGUUUGCUAUACUUGUCUAUAUUAUAAGAAGUAAUCAAAACGAAUGAAAAUAUCUGAGAGUAGACAAACAAUGUAUAUGAUAGGUAAGAAUAAGUGAUGGGCAGUGGGAUUCGGAGUGUCCUAUUUCCUAUUAACAGUUUCACAAACUCAUGAGCUUUUAAUUGGUUAUUAACACAAAUGUUACCUUAUGGUUGGCAGUGGAAAAUGCUUUAUGUUACUUGUUUUUGUUAACGACAGCCUUCCUUUCUAUGUACUAUUUUUAUUCCACUCUAUGAUCUUGGUAUCUAAGUGUGACGAGUUUAUUUUAACGAAUGAAUCUUUAGCUAAAUGUAGUCAAUUCAUGUUUUCAUUUUGUUUUAUUAUCUAUCUUGUUAAACAAUGAUAACUUGUCAAACUACUUAAAAUUUGUUAGUAACUGCACUAUCCUAACCAAAAUAUUGUUCGAGACUGUCUAUAUAGUUUUAAAAUGGAGCUGUUUAAAAGUAACGUGUCUCUAAUAAAUAUGGUGGUUUUAAAAUAAUCAGGAAUAAUUAUAGUUGAGUAAAUACAGGUAAAUUGGCCAUGAGAAAAUGGGGUUGUAGUAGCUUUCGUAGACAUUGAGCUUUUUUUACCAAUAUUCUAAACCAUUUCAUAUGAAUGUUAACCAUCAUACUAGUAUUUUAAUACUUGUUCUUAUUUUUAAAUUUCAUCUGCAAAUAGUGAAAACUUAAAGACAAUUCAGGUAGUUGUAUGGGACAUAAUUAUAGCGAGUGAUAUUUGGCUCGUUUGUUAGCGUUGAAAUAUUAUUGAUUACUUUGACUUGAGGAAUUCUUGUUUUGAUUGUUUCGACGCCUUCAUGGUCUCAUAAUCAAAACGCCAAUCUAAAUUGAACUUUGUAGCUGCAACUGGACAGCAAAAUCAUAACCAUGUCAGUUUCAUUUUCUACAUUUCAUACUACCACUAAACCAGUAUAUAAAAAACAGCUGCGACUCAGUGGCUUGAAACGUUAACAGAAAUGGACGAGAACCGAAGAUAACAAUAUUCGUGCUCUAGUUUUAUUUGAAAUUCUCUUUCAAAUGGAGAGAAACUGAAAAAAUUUCUCUUACUUGUAUUCUUAACUGGACUUUAUCCUUCCCUAUACAUUAAUCUUCUCCACUUAUUCUGUUUUCAACUACACUCCCUUCCUCUUUUACUUCUCCAUGAUGUUAUCUAUUUAUUUUGUCAGGCGCAUAUUAUUUUUGGUGCCUGGUUAUGCCGAAUUUUGUGUAUUAAGUAGAAAAUAACAAAAUCCAAUUGGACGUUUGGUAGCUUAGUUUAGCUACUUUCACACAUAAAUCUACUAGUAUCUUCCCCUCCCAUAUGUAAAUAAAUAUCCAACUGUUUUCUUUAGUAUUUGCUACCAUUUAUACUCUUUAAUAAUCUGUCUUAGAUUGAAGAUCACAAAAAUGUUUUUUUUCUAAUAAUAGUGUUUAAUUUAUUCAAUAGAUAGAAAUUUGUCUCCGAUCCAAUGAAUUUAGCAUCCAUUGACAAUAUCAUACGUGGGGCUCGACUUCAGACAUCAUCAAAUGACUCGAGUUAUCAAAAUUUUUUGGAUCGUUUAGUUUUGCCUGGAAUGGUUUUUGAAUUAUCUGGACCUUAUGAUGGGCCUGUAUCAUGGUCUAUUGGUCCAGGUCUUGUCUGUGUGCCGAUGUCUAGAAUGAAACCUGGAGUGGGGAAAAACAAAAUGGUGGAUUCGAUUUUAGUAAGACAGUUCGGAAUCUUAAAAUUCAAAUGUAAGAAGUUGGAAGGAACAGACUCAACGGAUACAAUCAAGCGUUUUAAACUCGGAAAUUCAUUGAGUGAUUUGAGAUCAGAAAAUUUCAUUUGGGUAGAAUGCCUUGUGUCUAAUGGUUCAGUAACUACAUUACUUCCACUUACUCGUCUCUCAUACCGUUGUCAUGUGGGACAGUUUCAACCAAAGGACAAGGUUAUUGGCGUUGUAAUGAAAAAAGCUGGUGAAUCGUUUGUAGUUGAUAUAGGUUGUGCUUCUCCGGCUAUUCUCAAUUACUUAUCAUUCGAAGGUUCUUCCAAAAAGAAUCGUCCUGACAUUAAUGCAGGUGAUGUUCUUUAUGCCAUGAUUACACGAGCCGACAGAGGUAAGUUUAUUCUGUAAUCACUUAUAUACUUUCUGUUUGUCAACUUUAUUAUUCCCAUUUUUGUGCAAUAACACGUCUGUAAGCAAACAUUAUUCUUAAUGUAAGCCUCUUUCAUGGAAACAAACCUAGUUUUUAACGACUAGUAGACUGUAAGCAAAAGUAAUAAUCGCUAUUCUAAAUUGUUCGCAUCACUGUAACAAUUAGUAUGAAGAAUAAAGCAGAUUGUCAGAAUAAGCAUUAGUCUAACGAUAUCGCUCCUUGAAUGUUAAUGGUUGAAUAAUACACGGCACAUUACGUUUAGAAACAUUUCAUUUAUUGCAAGGACGUUUUGUUUGAAAAUCCAAACAAGUUAUCAAAUCUAGUUUCUUCUGUGAUAAUACUUUAAUAUUUUACUACACAUCUCUUAGUACAUUUGAGUAAAUUGUUUCGUAGUAGCUGAAUACUUACAAUUUCAUCAUCAUUGAUUACUGAUUUUAUUUAGUUUUACCUAAAUUUACAGAAAAUAACCACUGUUUUCUCCUUUCACUCGACCCAUUUAUGAGAAAUAUUGAUAUAGUUUAAAUUGUUAUCUAGAAAUUGAACAGUAUCUUUUCUUUCUAAAGUAUUAUAGUAUAUAUUGUUGUAACUUGUCAUUUUACAUUAAUACCAUCAGUUCUGACAAAUUCAUAAUCCGUUGGAACUGUUAUCUCAAGUUGAUUAACGUGGUCAGUUUUUCUGAAUACACGAUAAGGUGUUUUUUGUAUUAACAAUAUUGUACGUCUUAACGACUGUUAGUAUUGAUAACGAGAUUUUGUUUUCCUAGAUUUAGAGAUUGAAUUGUCAUGUGUUGAUGAGGCGGGGAAAGCUUGUGGAAUGGGUAUCCUUGGUCGCCAUGAACCUGGAACUGUUGGUAAUGCUGGAGGUCGGUCUGGUGGUAUACUGUUACACUGUACACAAGAUUUGGUCAGGCGGUUAGGCAAUCAAGAUGAAUUUCCUCUAUUAAAACUUUUAUCUAAGGACUCUUACUUAAUGCUCCCAAAUGCCCUGGUAUGGCCGAGAGCGGGGUCGGCCCGCCUUCCCUCUUGAAAUGCUCUCUCACGGCAACGCGUAUACAGCCCCUGCCAGAGAAGUCCUACUCACUGCAUUCUCGUGGCGGAGGUGUUGUUUAUGAAAAUGAGAGGACGAAAAGCGAAUAUCCGGCGCUUUACCCGGAUCCCAAACCAAUGGUGCACAUGGGCUCCAGUAUCCUGUGGGAACAAAUGGCGUAUGAACCAAUAUCUUGGUCACCGGCUACCAUGAGACUGCAUCUCCUCACGAUACUCCGCUACCUUGUGGGUCAGACCUUUAGAUCAAAGGCUCGGGGUGUGGCCCGCUAUGAAAACCACCUGCUUCGGUCUGGGCACCCGUGCAGUAUCACAGCCUACACACACAUAAAUAUGGUGUGGCGCAUAUAUAUUUGGUGCUUUCUUGUACCAAUAUUUAUGUGUUGAAAUAAUAAAUAAUAAUAACUCUUACUUAAUGAACUGAUUCACUGACAUUAUAUGUACAGUUAUUGUUUUUCUUUCACUUUCGUACUGAUAAUUGAUAUUAUGUUAAAUAACAUUUUAUUAUUAUUCAGUAAUUUGGUCUUUAAUUCCUAUGUAUUUCUUUAUUCUGACAUCAUAGUUUCUUAUUAAAUUUUCUUUUUCUUGUAAUUUACUUAGGUGUAUCCUUUUGAAAUAUUCUUAGGUGCAAAUGGACGAAUAUGGUUAACAGCUGGUUCUGCUAGAGAAAUAAUGAUAUUAGCCAAUGCAAUAGCUAUUACUGAACAUAUAUCAACGAAUGAAUGUUGUCAAUUAGCUAAAGAACUUUGUUAAGUAUUUUUUACAUUUUGAUAAAAUGUCUUUUUUCUCUUCUUUAAAUUAAAUUUGAAUAUUGUACAUAUUUAUAUUGAUAUUGUACAUUUGUAAGUCUAUUUUGUAUCUAAUAGAUUAAAGUUUACUUUGUUUUUUAAAAAAAAUUGUUCAUUGAGAAAUAAUACAUGGAAGUAAAAUUAUUUGGAAUUACAAUUUGUAAUGUUAAUUAAAAUAGAAUGUUUCUCGGGUAAGUUUUUCUGACAGUUGGUUCAAUUUCAUCAGUACUGAAAUUAGAUAUAAAAAGAUACUGUUAGACUUAAGGACAAUCAUACUAUUUUAUUAGUAAAUACAAACAAGCCAUAUCAUCAUCAGUUUCAUUUGGACCCUCUCCAUUAUCCUUUCCAAUCUUGUGUGUGCGUGCGAAAGUUUGAACACUAAAACAAUCACAGCAAGAUAACUUGUUCAUAGACAGAUCGAUGUUGAGAAUGUUAGUGACGAGUUGAAUCACGAACUGAAUCAGGUAUUUAGAGCGUUUCUGUCCUGUGCAAGCAUAGUUGAAUCUACAGUAACAACGGCAAUUUUUUUUACAGAAGAAGUGAAGAUUAAAUUCAAUAUCAAUGUUUUGAUUUUCGGAACAUUCAAACCAAAGAACACGUUGACCUUGAUGUUUGAAAGAUUUCCAUGAAAUUCAGUAUAGAACAGCGUAAUGAAUAAAUGGUAUCAAUAACUGAAGGAAAGGUUGUUAAGGAAAAUGUGACGCUCAGUUCUCAUGUGGAAUUCCCACUGACUUUGUCUCAAGUAUAACUACGGCUAACGAUACUCGUUUUUCGUUCUGAACAUCUAAGUAUUUGUUCGUUUGAGAUACGUGGAACUUAUAGAAUCCUGGUUACGAAAAGAAGGAAUGAAUUAAUCCUAAGUCGUUGGCCGGUGCAGGAGAAUAAUAUUGAAAGGUCAUAGAGUUGUAACCUCUAUUGUCUUUUUCUGAGCAACCAGAACUCAUUGAUUAAUUUCAGUUAGUAGCCCUUAAAGUGAAUCACUUCCAAUCAUUAUCAACCAGUCAACUUGGACUAUUAAAUCCUCUGUUUACACGGAAACAAAAGAAGGGUCAUUAAGACAGUUCAAUAAAUAAACUGGUGAACUGUUAAAGCUUCUGGUGUGCGUGCAUCCAUAGGGUGUAUUCUUUUUGAGCCAAUUUAUGCAACCUUUUGGAUGAUCUUAAAAUGAGACUUUGGAGAGGUUACAUUACCGAAGUUGAUUAUCUUGAUCUUAAAACAACAACACACUUCUCAUUUUAUGAGGUAGGAUCUCCUUUUCUUGACUCAUUCACAUCGUAUUAUUCUUCUAGUGGACAAUCUUACAUCUAUAAUCUAUUUUCACUUUGGUUUAUUUUAUGAUUUUGAUACCUAAAAACACUUUCGAUCACACUUUAGAUGAUAUAGUAUCUAUCUAUUCUGUUAUAGAUAUAUGGAUUUUAAUUAGAUAUGCAUAUGAAUGUAUAAUUUUAAUAAAUGACAUUGUUUGAAAGACAACUUCCUUCUUUAAAUUGUCUUGAUUUCGUUCUCAACGUUGGAAAAG